UGAGAGUGAGAAGAAGAUUAAGAAGGGGCAUCCCAGAAACACAUGCAAUGACUUCCAACACGUGUCCCUUUCCAGCCACACAGUAAUCCCACUUCUUUAUUGCUAACUCUGAAACCCUCAGCUUUUGUUUCUUUCUUACUAAAAUUAAAAUCUUUCAACAUACAAUUUCGCUGUGGUCCCCAUUUCUCUCGAAUUUCCUCUCUUUUUAUCAACUUAGUAAAACUCUUCGUUUGUUUUCCCUUGUCCUUGUCCUAAUCCAGCGAGGAGAUCACCCCAUAACCCCAUUCAUUCAUUCAAUCAAUUUCGUCCCUGAUGGAAAAUGGGAUCCUGCUAAGCAGUCAGAUCUGCAUCUAAUUCUGCGCCGGCUGCAUAUCCAAACAUUCUCGCAGAUCAACUUGGGAUAAAGUCUCUGUUUUCGUUUCAAUUGAUCUUUGCUUUGUGAAAGUUUGGGGCUUCUGAAUUCUGAUAGCUGGCGAGAGAGAAAGGUUUGUGAAGUUGAGUUGUUGGGUGUGCUUGAGGAAACGUUCUCUCUGGUGGGGAUAGAGCCUAAGAGAUGGCCUCCGGUGAAGGGAGGCGUCGUCACCAUGAUCUUGUGCCUCUUGCUGCAUUGCUUAAGAGGGAGAUGAAGAGUGAGAAGAUGGAGAAGCCCACUGUUAGAUAUGGUCAUGCCGCUCAGUCUAAGAAAGGGGAAGAUUACUUUCUAGUCAAGACUGAUUGUCAGCGAGUACCCGGGAACCCUUCAACUUCCUUUUCUGUUUUUGCGAUCUUUGAUGGACACAAUGGAAAUGCUGCAGCCAUUUUUGCUAGAGAGCAUUUGUUAAAUCAUGUAUUGAGUGCUCUUCCUCGAGGGCUUGGACGAGAUGAGUGGUUGCAAGCUUUGCCUAGGGCAUUGGUUGCGGGAUUUGUUAAUACUGAUAAGGAAUUUCAGAGCAGAGGAGAAACUUCUGGAACCACAGCUACGUUUGUGAUAGUGGAUAGGUGGACUGUGACAGUUGCAUCUGUUGGAGAUUCCCGUUGUAUACUAGAUACACAGGGUGGUGCUGUUACCACCUUAACGGUUGAUCACAGACUUGAAGAAAAUAUUGAAGAGAGGGAACGUGUUACUGCAAGUGGAGGUGAAGUUGGGAGGCUUAGCAUUGUUGGUGGUGCUGAGAUUGGUCCUCUUCGUUGCUGGCCUGGGGGUCUAUGCCUUUCAAGGUCAAUAGGAGAUAUGGAUGUUGGGGAGUUCAUAGUUCCAGUACCAUAUGUCAAACAAGUGAAGCUAUCAAAUGCUGGUGGUAGGCUUGUAAUUGCUUCUGAUGGCAUCUGGGAUGCCGUGUCCGAAGCACUAAGGACAAGAGGGUUAAAGGAUGAUACAACUUGUAUAGUAGUUGACAUAAUCCCACCUGAUAAUGAGUUGCCACCAACUCCUCCCCCCAAAAAGCAUAACAAGUUCAGAGAGCUUUUCUUCAGGAAAAGGUCCCGUGAUUCUGCCGGUAAACUGUCAAAGAAGCUUUCAGCUAUAAAUAUAGUGGAGGAACUCUUUGAAGAAGGAUCAGCAAUGCUUGCUGAAAGAUUAGGGAGUGAUGAGAACUCAGGGCAAUCAACAUCUGGCCUUUUUGUUUGUGCUGUGUGUCAAGUUGAUCUUGCUCCAAGUGAGGGUAUCUCAGUCCAUGCGGGUUCCAUCUUUUCCACCAGCUCCAAGCCCUGGCAAGGACCUUUUCUGUGCUUUGAUUGUCGCGAUAAGAAGGAUGCAAUGGAGGGAAAACGCCCCAGUGGAGUUAAAGUGUCCUAGGAUCAAAAUUGAUAAUGCCCUAUUCUUUAUGUCAUCCUUCAUUCAUUUUUUCAAUCACGAUUUUUAUAGGCCAAGUAAUUGAUUGAAUCUCACUAUGGAGUAGCAAUAGAUGUAUGGUGUAUGUGAUAUGUGGAAAUUCAUCUAAGAAUGACAUUACAUUUGAAUAGCAAAAGGCUGGUAGAGAUCCUGGACUGAAGUUUUGGGCGUCUGCAGAAUGUUCAUCUGUGGUUGAUUGUUAAGAUCAGUGCCAGCUUGAUUCUUUUGUAUAUCAGCAUGAUCUUGGUUAUGAGCAUUGUAGAACAUACUACCUUCACUCCAAUACUGUAUAUAUAUAGAUUUCUUAAACCUUUUCAAGCA